UAACGCCGGGGCCCUUGAAUGUGGGCAUACCCCCUCCCAAAUGAGGGGUGUGGAUCCGGUUCGCCGGUCCCUCAGCAGUGCAAGAGCCAGGACCACGCCAUCUUCCCCUCUGCCCUGCUCUGGUGUGACCACUUUUGAUCCCGCCCCAGACAAAGGCAAUCCCAACUCCAGCAGAACGAAUAAGGGGAUCAGGUUGCUCUCUCGGCUUCCCCUCACUCCCCCACCUCCUCGCUUCUCCCUUUUCCACGUGACUCUGGAAUCUUUUGCCAAAGCUCCCAGUCUCUGGGUCCAUUUUCACACUAAGCUUGGGAGAGAGGGAGGAGGGGAGGAAGGCAGAGGAAGGCGGAGCGUGUGUCCUUUAAACGCGGGGAUCCAGAGGGGGCCUUAUUUUGUGCGUUUGCGGGCUCUCCGGUCCGAGUGGCUCUAAUUCGAGGGUCCUUUCCAGGCUCUCUAGCUUUUUCCUCCCUGCGUUUAAAAUGACGGCUCGUCCUCCAUCCCGGUAAUCACACCUCGACCUGCAGAUGGGCUCGGGGCGAACGGUGCGGAGGUGGCCGCCGGCGUGGAGCUAGCCGCGCCCGGCAGCCCCCCUCACCGCUGCGAGCGGCGGGGGCGGGAAAGUAGCGGCAGCGCUCCCCGCGCCGCCGGCCCCGGUUCUCCUCGGUAGCUUUCGCACAGUCUGCGGCAGGGAGCGCAGCCCCAGGCGGCGCCGGGCAACUGCAGCGCGGCGAGUCCUGGGAACUGCCCGCAGCGCGGCACAAAGUUUCCUGCGAGCAGCCCCGGGUGGCUGAGGUCCGCCGAGCCGGGUGGCCCAGCCCAGAAGGAGUAGUGGGAGGGUCUUUCCGGGCUCCUGGUGACCCCCUCCACCUACGCGGCGCCGACGUAGAGUGUCAAGCGAACUUUAAAAAGCUGCUGCGAGGGACCUGCGCCGGGAUUUCCACGCUUAGGGACCCGGGAGCGGACGGCUCCGGCCUGAGAGAAAUGCUGGGAGAUCCUUCCCGCCGUUGACCGGCAACUUUCCUACGAGACCGCCGCGGGGAACUGCGCCCUGCCUUCUCUUUUAUUCUCCGCAGCUCAGCCGGCCUUGGCGUCCUGCUCUGCUGGAGUGCUGGGCGCGCUCGCGGCCCGGCAGUGACCGAAUUGAAUCCCCCGCCCGACCCCUGGCGCCUCCGGGCUGAUGUGAGGGUCGCUUUCGGCUGGUCCAUCGCCUCAUUUCCCCGGAGGUGACCGCCCGUCGCCCUUUUCGGUGCGCGCAGCCUGAGGCACCGAAGCCUGCGUUUUGGCUGAGAACUGGUUCUUGGAUGCUGAAGGCUGGGCUCCUCCAGCGUGGGUGCCGAGGCGGCAAUGAGUGUCUUCAAAGUGUGGCUCGGGGUGGCCCUAGCAUUGGCGGAAUUUGUGGUAUUGCCUCAUCAUUCUGAAGGUGCUUGUGUCUAUCAGGGUUCCUUGUUGGCGGAUGCCACCGUUUGGAAGCCUGAUUCAUGCCAGAACUGCCGUUGCCAUGGCGAUAUCGUUAUCUGCAAACCUGCUGUUUGCAGAAACCCUCAGUGUGCCUUUGAGAAGGGAGAAGUGCUUCAAAUACCUGCCAACCAGUGCUGCCCUGAGUGUGUGCCAAGGACUCCCGGAUCUUGCCAUCAUGAAAAUAAAAUCCACGCGCAUGGGACAGAGUGGACCGCCUCGCCGUGUGGUGUGUGCUCUUGUGCUCACGGGGAGGUCCAAUGCACCCCCCGACCAUGCCCACCACUCUUGUGUGGACACCAGGAGCUGGAAUUCAUCCCUGAAGGAAGCUGCUGCCCAGUCUGUGUGGGCCCUGGGAAACCCUGUUCCUAUGAAGGCCGUGUGUUUCAGGAUGGGGAGGACUGGCCUUUGAGUCGAUGUGCCAAGUGUGUGUGUAGAAAUGGGGUCGCCCAGUGCUUCACCGCUCACUGCCAGCCUCUGUUUUGUAAGCAGGAUGAAACCCUAGUCCGAGUCCCUGGAAAAUGUUGCCCGCAGUGCUCUUCGCGAUCCUGCUCCGCAGCCGGCCAAGUACACGAGCAUGGCGAGCAGUGGAGUGAAAACGCCUGCACCACGUGUAUCUGUGACCAGGGGGAGGUCAGGUGCCACAAGCAGGCCUGCCCUCCAUUAAGAUGCGAGAAGGGUCAAAGAAGGGCUCAGCGCCACGGGCAAUGCUGUGAGGACUGUGUGUCUCCCACUGGAAGCUGCUCGCACGGUGGGCUCAUGCGGUACCAGGAUGAAAUGUGGAAGGGCUCCGCCUGUGAGUUCUGCACGUGUGACCGUGGGCAAGUGACCUGCCAGACUGGAGAGUGUGCCAAAGUGGAGUGUGGCCAGGGUGAAGACUUAAUUCACUUAGAUGGGAAAUGCUGUCCUGAAUGCAUUUCAAGGAAUGGUUAUUGUGUAUAUGAAGAAAAGCCGGGAUUGAUGUCUUCAAAUGCGAGUAAUGUUAAACAUAUUCCGGAUGGGGAGAAGUGGCAGGAUGGCCCUUGUAAGGUGUGUGAGUGCCGGGCAGCUCAGGUAACGUGCUACGAACCCUCUUGUCCUCCAUGUCCAGUGGCCACGCUAGCCCAGGUGGUGAAGGGACAGUGCUGUCCAGAUUGCACAUCAGUUCACUGCCACCCAGACUGCUUGACCUGCUCUCAGUCUCCAGACCACUGUGACCUCUGUCAGGACUCCACGAAGUUGCUGCGGAAUGGGCGGUGCGUGCAUAGCUGUGGCCUGGGAUUUUACCAAGCCGGUGCAUUCUGUUUAGCCUGCCAGCCUCAGUGCUCCACGUGUUCCAGUGGGCUGGAGUGCUCGUCCUGCCGGCCUCCCCUGCUGAUGCAGCACGGCCAGUGCGUGUCCACCUGUGGGAAUGGCUUCUACCAAGACCACCACUCCUGUGCAGCCUGCCACGAGUCCUGUGCGGCCUGCUGGGGUCCCUCAGAGAAGCACUGCUUGGCCUGCAGAGACCCCCUCCUAGUGCUAAGGGAGGGCACCUGCGAGAGUAGCUGUGGCGACGGGUUUUACAACAAGCAGGGGACGUGCAGUGCUUGUGAUCAGUCCUGUAAGAGUUGUGGCCCCAGGAGUCCCAGAUGUCUUACCUGUGUGGAGAAGACAGUGUUGCAUGAUGGGAAAUGCAUUUCUGAAUGCCCUGGUGGGUACUACGCCGAUGCCACUGGCAGAUGCAGAGUUUGUCACAACUCGUGUGCCAGCUGCUCCGGACCCAGGGCCUCUCACUGUACAGCCUGCACCCACCCCCAGGCUCUGCGCCAAGGCCACUGUCUGCCCAGCUGUGGAGAGGGCUUCUACCCUGACCACGGGGUCUGCAAAGCCUGUCACCCCUCUUGCCUGACUUGUGUGGGUCCAGAGCCCUCUCACUGCACCCAGUGUAUGAAGCCGGAGGAAGGACUGCAAGUUGAGUCGCUGUCUGGGACAAACAUCACUGCCGGCAAGUGUCUACUCCGGUGUAGAGCCCAGUUGUACUUGGAGAGCACUGGGCUGUGUGAAGCUUGCCACCCAUCCUGUUUGGGGUGUGCAGGGAAGAGCCCGCAGAACUGCACCGCCUGCUUGCCCUCCCAUGUACUGUUGGAUGGGCAGUGCCUCUCCCAAUGCCCAGAUGGAUACUUCAGCCAGGAAGGCAGUUGUACAGAAUGCCACCCCACCUGCCGGCAGUGCCACGGCCCGUUGGACUCUGACUGUCUCUCCUGUCACCCGCAUGUCCCUCUGGCUGGCGGGACCUGUAGGACCAGCUGUAAGGAGGAGCAGUUCCUCAACCUCGUGGGCUACUGUGCUGACUGCCAUCCUCUGUGCCAGCACUGUGCAGCGGACCUCCACCACACCGGCAGUGUCUGCCUGAGGUGCCAGAAUGCCCGGCACCUGCUGCUAGGGGACCGCUGUGUUCCCGAUUGCCCUUCCGGAUAUUUUGUGGAGAGAGGAGCUUGUAAAAGAUGUCACUCCUCCUGCAGAACCUGCCAUGGCAGAGGACCCUUCUCUUGCUCCUCGUGUGACUCCAACCUCGUUCUGUCCCACCUUGGCACCUGCAGCAGUACCUGCUUCCCAGGGCACUAUCUUGGUGACAACCGUGCUUGUCAGCCAUGCGACAUGCAUUGUAGAAGCUGUGAUUCUCAGGCCAGCUGUACCUCCUGCCGAGAUCCAAACAAGGUCCUGCUCUUUGGGGACUGUCAGCAUGAGAGCUGUGCUCCACAGUACUACCUUGACCUCUCCAGCAAGACAUGCAAAGAGUGUGAUUGGAGUUGCAAUGCAUGCAGCGGGCCUCUGAGGACAGACUGCCUGCAGUGCAUGGAUGGCUACGUUCUCCAGGACGGCACCUGCGUGGAGCAGUGCUCACCAUCAUUUUACCGCGACUCGGGCCUCUGCAAGAGCUGCGGCAGCCACUGUCUCCAGUGCCAAGGUCCCCACGUGUGCACCCGCUGUGAAGGGCCGUUUCUCCUCUUGGAAGCCCGCUGUGUCCAGGAAUGUGGGAAGGGGUACUUUGCAGAUCACGCAAAUCACAAAUGCACAGCCUGCCCUCGGGGGUGCUUGCAGUGCAGCCGCAAAGACCGGUGUCACCUCUGUGACCAUGGGUUCUUUCUGAAGAGUGGCCUUUGUGUUUCCAGCUGUGUUCCUGGCUUCUCUGCCCACUCCUCAAAUGAAACAUGUGCUGGCAAAAGACACACUCCUAGCCUUCAUGUGAAUGGCUCCCUCACCCUGGCCAUUGGUUCAAUGAAGCCACUGGAUUUCUUCCUCCUGAAUGUCCAAGACCAGGAUGGCAGGGUCGAAGACCUCCUGUUCCACGUGGUGAGCGCGCCUACCAACGGUCAGCUCGUGCUCUCACGGAAUGGAAAAGAGGUUCAGCUCGACAAGGCUGGCCACUUCAGCUGGAAAGACGUGAGGGAGAAAAAAGUGCGCUUUGUGCACAGCAAAGAAAAGCCCAGGAAAGGUUAUUUUUCCCUGAAAAUUAGUGACCAACAGUUCUUCUCUGAGCCACAGCUGAUCAACAUACAAGCAUUUUCAACACAGGCCCCCUAUGUGCUGAGAAAUGAGGCCCUCCAUGUUAACCGAGGCCAGAGAGGAACCCUCACCACCCAGCUGCUUGACAUCCGAGAUGACGACAACCCACAGGACGUGGUGGUUGAAGUGCUCGAUCCUCCACUUCAUGGGCAGUUGCUCCAAACCCUUCAGUCCCCUGCAGCCCCUAUUUAUCAAUUCCGGCUGGAUGAGCUCUCCAGGGGCCUUCUCCAGUAUGUUCAUGAUGGCUCAGAUAGCACCUCAGAUGUUGUAGUCUUGCAGGCCAACGAUGGACACUCCAUCCAAAAUAUACUGUUCCACGUGAAGACCGUACCCAAGAAUGAUGGGAGUCUUCGGCUUGUGGCUAAUUCAAUGGUGUGGGUUCCAGAAGGGGGAAUGCUGCAGAUUACCAACAGAAUCUUACAGGCUGAAGCUCCAGGUGUCAGUGCCUCAGAAAUCAUCUACAAAAUUACACAGGAACGCCCCCAAUUUGGGGAGGUGGUCCUUCUGGUUAAUAUGCCUGCAGACAGCCCUGCGGAUGAAGGGCAGCACCUGCCUGAUGGGAGGACGGCAACUCCCACCAGCACUUUCAGCCAGCAAGACAUCAACGAAGGCAUUGUGUGGUACAGGCACGCGGGGGUCCCAGCCCAGAGUGACUCCUUCCGCUUUCAGGUGUCCAGUGCCACAGAGGCCCGCGCCCACCUGGACAGCCACAUGUUCAACAUCGCUAUCUUACCACAGACGCCCCAGGCACCCACACGCUCUCCUGGAGCAUCUCUCCACCUGAUGGCCCGGGAGGACGGUCUGACUGUGAUUCAGCCCCAUUCUCUCUCCUUCAUAAACUCGGAGAGGCCAAGUGGAAAGAUAAUAUACAAUAUCACUCUACCUCUGCAUCCAAAUCAAGGCAUCAUCGAGCACAGGGACCAGCCUCACUCUCCCGUCCGAUAUUUCACCCAGGAAGACAUCAACCAGGGCAAAAUCAUGUACCGGCCUCCCCCUGCUGCCCCCCACCUCCAGGAGAUCAUGGCCUUCUCCUUCGAUGGUCUCCCAGAAUCGGUGAAAUUCCACUUCACAGUUUCGGAUGGAGAGCACACAAGUCCAGAGAUGGCCCUCACCAUCCACUUACUUCGCACCGAUCAGCACCCACCAGUGUUCCAGGUCAAAGCUCCGCUCAUUGAGGUCAGCCCGGGAGGCAGUGCUUCUAUAGGACUUCAGCUGGUAGUGAGAGAUACGGAGACAGCACCUGAAAACCUCUUUUUUGAGCUUCGGAAGCCUCCACAGCACGGCACGCUCAUGAAGUACACAGCCGGGUUCCCAGGGCCCAUGGCGGCAGGUGACACUUUCACACAUGAGGAUGUGGAGAAGAAUGUUCUGCAGUAUGUACACGAUGGCUCCUCUGCCCGGGAGGACAGCAUGGAGAUCACAGUCACAGAUGGCAUCUCAGCGACAGCGGUGGAAGUGAGAGUAGAGGUGUCACUGUCCCAGGCCCGAGGGCCGCGGCUGGCUGCCGGCGCCUCCCUGAGCUUGACCGUGGCUGGUAAAAGCACAGCAGUCAUCACCAGGUCACACCUUGCUUAUGUUGAUGAUUCUUCCCCCGACCCAGAGAUCUGGAUUCAGUUAAAGUCUCUGCCCAUGUAUGGUGCUCUCCUAAGAACCUCAGGACCUGAAGUGGAAGAACUCUCAGAGGUUUCCAAUUUCACCAUGGAAGACAUCAACAACAAGAACAUUAGGUACUCAGCUGCCUUUGAGACUGGUGGUCAUCUGCUUACUGACAGCUUCCACUUCUCUGUGUCUGACAUGGAGCACAACCGUCUGGACAAUCAGAGGUUUAUCAUCACGAUCACUCCUGUCGAGGACCCACCCCCAGUCAUUGCCUUUGCUGACCUCAUCACGGUUGACGAGGGAGGGAGGACCCCCCUUUCCUUCCACCAUUUCUUUGCCGCUGAUGAUCAGGACAACCUCCAGGGUGACACCGUCAUUAAGCUAAGUGCGCUGCCCAAGUAUGGCUGCAUCGAGAACACGGGAACAGGUGAUCGAUUUGGCCCUGGAACUACCAGUGACCUGGAGGCGUCAUUCCCUAUUCAAGAUGUCCUGGAAAACUACAUUUACUACUUUCAGGGUGUUCAUGAAGGCAUUGAGCCAACCCAUGAUAUUUUCAGUUUUUACGUAAGUGACGGAAGCAGUCGAUCUGAAAUCCAGAGCAUCAACAUCACCAUCGAGAGGAAGAACGACGAGCCUCCCAGGAUGACCCUGAGGCCCCUUGGUGUGCAGCUACCAUCAGGAGCCGUGAUAAGCAAUGCUUCUCUGAACCUGCAAGACCUGGACACUCCAGAUAAUGAGCUGAUUUUUGUACUGACAAAAAAGCCUGGCCACGGUCAUCUACUGCUGAGGCAGACUGCUUCUGAGCCUCUGGAGAAUGGGAAGAUUUUGGCCCAGGGCUCCUCCUUCACCUACCAGGAUGUCCUGGCCGGGCUGGUUGGGUACAUGCCAGCGGGUCCCAGUGUGGCAGUGGAUGAGUUCCAGUUCUCCCUCACUGAUGGCCUCCACAUGGACACAGGGAGGCUGGAGAUAUACACAGAGCUGCUGCCCACAGGGGACCCCCUCCACUUGGCUGUAAACCGAGGCCUCCAGCUCUUGGCAGGGUCCGUAGCACCCAUCACAGAACAGCACUUGAAAGUGGCAGAUACCGACUCAAAUGACCAUCAGGUGACAUACAUCUUGAAGGAGGAUCCUGGUGCAGGGCGCCUACAGAUGCUAAAGCAGGACGACCUGGCACACAUCUCCGUUAAAGGCCCCAUCCGAAGUUUCACCCAGGCUGACCUCAGCCAAGAAGACAAAUCCCCACCAGUCAUCACUGUGAAUAAAGGGCUGGUCUUGGAUGAAAACUCAGUGAAGAAAAUCACCACUCUGCAGCUCUCUGCCACUGACAAGGAGACAAAGCCUGCAGAACUGAUCUACACAAUCACACGACAGCCCCAGCUGGGCCACCUGGAACACACAGCAUCACCAGGUACCCCGAUUGGCUCCUUUACUCAGGCUGACCUCGCUUCAGGAAACGUUCAGUACGUCCACUCCAGCGAGGCCGAGAAGCAUUCAGAUGCCUUCAGCUUUACGCUCUCUGAUGGCGUCAACGAGGUGACACAGACGUUCCACAUUACUCUUCGCCCCGUGGAUGACUCGCUGCCUGUCGUGCAAAGCCUGGGGAUGCGGGUACAGGAAGGCUUACGGAAGCCCAUCACAGAGUUUGAGCUCAAGGCGGUGGACGCGGACACAGAGGCCGAGUCUGUCACGUUCAGGGUUGUGCAGCCUCCCCGCCAUGGCACCAUCGAGCGGACCACCAACGGGCAGCCCUUCCAGCCCACGUCCACCUUCACCAUGGAGGACGUCUACCAGAACCGGGUCCACUACAGCCAUGACGGCAGCAAUGCCCUCAAAGACUGGUUCACCUUCACCGUAGCCGAUGGGACGAAUCCCUUCUUUGUUAUCGAGGAAGGAGGAAAAGAGAUGGUGACAGCAGCAGCUCAGCAGUUCUGGGUAGACAUCCUCCCGGUAGAUGACGGCACCCCUAGGAUCGUCACCAACCUGGGGCUGCAGUGGCUGGAGUACGUGGAUGGCAGGGCAACCAACCUGAUCACCAAGAAGGAACUACUGACCAUGGACCCAGACACGGAGGACCUGCAGCUUGUCUACGAGAUAACCACGGGCCCCAAGCAUGGCCACGUAGAGAACAAGCUGCAGCCUGGCAGAGCUGCUGCCACUUUCACGCAGGAGGACGUGAACUUGGGGUUGAUUCGUUACGUGUUGCAUGAGGAGAAGAUCCGGGAGAUGAUGGAUAGUUUCCAGUUUCUGGUGAAAGACAGUAAACCCAAUGUGGUCAGUGACAAUAUCUUCCAUGUCCAGUGGUCCCUCAUCAGCUUUCAGUAUACCAGCUACAAUGUCAGUGAGAAAGCGGGCUCCGUCAGUGUCACGGUGCAGAGGACCGGGAACCUGAACCAGUACGCCAUCGUCCUGUGUCGCACGGAGCAGGGCACUGCCAGCUCCAGCUCCAGGGUGAGCUCCCAGCCCGGACAGCAGGACUACGUGGAGUAUGCUGGCCAGGUGCAGUUUGAUGAGCGCGAGGACACCAAGUCCUGCACCAUUGUCAUCAACGACGACGACGUGUUUGAGAACGUGGAGAGUUUCACCGUGGAGCUCAGCAUGCCAGCCUACGCCCUGCUGGGGGAGGUCACCCAGGCGAAGGUCAUUAUCAGUGACCCUGAGGACGAGCCCACAUUAGAGUUUGAUAAGAAGACCUACCGGGUCAACGAGAGUGCUGGCUUUCUGUUUGCACCUAUUGAAAGAAAAGGGGAUUCAAGCAGUAUCGUAUCUGUAAUUUGCUACACAGUCCCUAAGUCAGCUAUGGGAAGUAGCCUCUAUGCCCUAGAAUCGGGCUCUGAUUUUAAAUCUAGAGGGAUGUCUGCUGAGAGUCUUGUGAUAUUCGGGCCUGGUGUCACCACGUCCACCUGUGAUGUCAUGCUCAUUGAUGACAGCGAGUACGAAGAGGAAGAAGAGUUUGAGAUUGCCCUGGCAGAUGCUUCUGACAAUGCCCGCCUCGGAAGGGUGGCAUCGGCCAAAGUCCUCAUUACUGGUCCCAACGACGCCUCUACUGUGGCUCUGGGCAGCACGGCUUUUACUGUCAGCGAGGAUGCAGGCACAGUGAAGAUUCCAGUCAUCCGUCAUGGGACUGACCUUUCCACCUUCACGUCUGUCUGGUGUGCAACGAGGCCCUCGGACCCAGCUUCCGCCACUCCGGGAGUUGACUACGUUCCCAGCUCUAGGAAGGUGGAGUUCGGGCCAGGUGUCACUGAGCAGUAUUGCACCUUGACAAUCUUGGAUGAUACUCAAUAUCCAGUCAUUGAAGGGCUGGAGACGUUUGUGGUUUUCCUCAGCUCAGCACAAGGAGCCGAACUCACCAAACCCUUCCAGGCUGUCAUUGCAAUUAAUGACACAUUCCAGGACGUGCCCAGCAUGCAGUUUGCCAAGGAGUUGCUCCUGGUGAAGGAGAAGGAGGGCGUCCUGCAUGUGCCCAUCGUUCGGAGUGGAGACCUGAGCUACGAGUCGUCAGUGAGGUGCUAUACGCAGGGCCAUUCCGCUCAGGUCCUGGAGGACUUUGAGGAGAGAAGAAAUGCAGACUCUUCACGGAUCACAUUUCUCAAAGGGGAGAAAAUGAAGAACUGUACUGUCUAUAUCCAUGAUGACUCCAUGUUUGAGCCUGAAGAACAGUUCAGGGUCUACCUCAGCCACCCUCUUGGGAACCACUGGAGUGGAGCCAGAGUCGGAAAGAACAACGUGGCCACUGUCACCAUAUCCAACGAUGAAGAUGCCCCCACCAUUGAGUUUGAAGAAGCUGCAUACCAAGUCCGGGAACCCUCGGGGCCAGAUGCCACAGCCCUUCUUAACAUCAAGGUGAUCCGCAGAGGGGAUCAGAACAGAACAUCCAAGGUUCGCUGCAGCACGCGGGACGGCUCAGCCCAGUCUGGUGUGGAUUAUUACCCAAAGAGCCGAGUCCUGAAGUUCAGUCCUGGUGUGGAUCAUAUCUUCUUCAAAGUCGAGAUCCUGUCCAAUGAAGACCGGGAAUGGCAUGAGUCUUUCUCCGUAGUCCUUGGCCCAGAUGACCCAGUGGAGGCAGUUCUUGGUGACGUGACCACUGCCACAGUGACGAUUCUAGACCAGGAGGCAGCCGGGAGUCUCAUCCUGCCAGCACCACCCAUUGUUGUCACUCUCGCUGACUAUGACCACGUGGAAGAGGUUACCAAAGAGGGAGUCAAGAAAUCCCCCUCCCCAGGCUACCCGCUGGUCUGUGUCACCCCGUGCGACCCCCAUUUCCCCAGGUACGCCGUCAUGAAGGAGCGCUGCAGCGAGGCGGGCAUCAACCAGACCUCUGUGCAGUUCAGCUGGGAAGUGGCCGCCCCCACUGAUGGCAACGGGGCCCGCUCUCCCUUUGAGACCAUCACCGACAACACGCCGUUCACCAGCGUCAACCACAUGGUCCUGGACAGCAUUUACUUCAGCCGGAGGUUCCAUGUCCGUUGUGUGGCCAAGGCUGUGGACAAGGUGGGCCAUGCGGGGACCCCCUUAAGGAGCAACAUUGUUACCAUCGGAACAGACAGUGCUAUCUGCCACACUCCAGUAGUGGCUGGUACAGCCCGAGGCUUCCAGGCUCAGUCCUUCAUCGCGACCUUGAAAUACCUGGAUGUCAAACACAAGGAGCAUCCCAACAGAAUCCACAUUUCAGUGCAGAUCCCGCACCAGGAUGGAAUGCUGCCGCUUGUCUCCACCAUGCCGCUGCACAACCUGCAUUUUCUACUCUCCGAGUCCAUCUACAGACACCAGCACGUCUGCUCCAACCUCGUCACCACCCGGGACCUGAGAGGCAUCUCAGAGGCAGGGUUCCUGGACAACCGGGUCUACGACAGCACGGCCCUGGGCCCUGGCUACGACCGCCCCUUCCAGUUUGACUCCAGUGUGCGGGAACCCAAGACCAUCCAGCUCUACAAACACUUGAACCUCAAGAGCUGCGUCUGGACAUUUGAUGCCUAUUAUGACAUGACGGAGCUGAUUGACGUCUGCGGGGGCUCAGUAACAGCCGACUUCCAGGUGAGAGACUCGGCCCAGUCCUUCCUGACGGUGCACGUGCCUCUCUACGUGUCCUACGUCUACGUGACAGCCCCCAGGGGCUGGGCCUCCUUGGAGCACCACACCGAGAUGGAGUUUUCCUUCUUCUAUGACACUGUUCUCUGGAGAACAGGAAUCCAGACGGACAGUGUGCUCUCCGCCAGGCUUCAGAUAAUACGAAUCUACAUUCGAGAGGAUGGCCGUCUCGUCAUUGAAUUCAAGACUCAUGCCAAAUUUAGAGGACAGUUUGUGAUGGAGCACCACACCCUCCCCGAUGUGAAAUCAUUCAUACUGACUCCCGACCACCUGGGAGGAAUUGAGUUUGACCUGCAGCUACUAUGGAGUGCUCAGACUUUUGAUUCUCCUUAUCAACUCUGGAGAGCCACGAGUUCCUAUAACAGGAAGGACUACUCUGGGGAGUACACCAUCUGCCUGGUCCCUUGCACCGUGCCUCCCACCCAGCCCUGGGCGGACCCAGGAGAGAAGCCUUUGGCCUGCACCGCACACGCCCCAGAAAGAUUCCUGAUACCCAUCGCGUUCCAGCAGACCAACCGCCCCGUUCCCGUCGUGUAUUCGCUCAAUACUGAGUUCCAGCUCUGCAACAAUGAGAAGGUGUUCCUGAUGGAUCCCAACACAUCCGAUAUGUCACUGGCAGAAAUGGAUUACAAAGGGGCCUUCUCCAAAGGUCAGAUCCUUUAUGGCCGAGUACUUUGGAAUCCAGAACAAAACCUGAAUUCUGCUUACAAACUGCAGCUGGAGAAAGUCUAUCUUUGCACGGGCAAGGAUGGCUACGUGCCUUUCUUUGACCCCACGGGGACGAUCUACAAUGAAGGACCCCAGUACGGAUGCAUUCAGCCAAACAAACACCUCAAACACAGAUUCCUGCUGCUGGACCGCAGCCAGCCAGAGGUAACUGACAAGUACUUCCACGACGUGCCUUUCGAGGCCCACUUUGCUUCCGAGUUGCCUGACUUCCACGUGGUCAGUACCAUGCCCGGAGUGGAUGGAUUUACUCUGAAGGUCGAUGCGCUCUAUAAGGUGGAAGCAGGACACCAGUGGUAUCUGCAGGUGAUCUACGUCAUUGGCCCCGACACGAUCUCAGGGCCCAGGGUCCAGCGCUCUCUCACCGCCCCUCUGAGGCGCCCUCGAAGGGACUUGGUGGACCCCAGUGGCUGGCUGACCCUUGACGAGUCCCUCAUCUAUGACAACGAAGGGGACCAAGUCAAGAACGGCACCAACAUGAAGUCUCUGAAUCUGGAGAUGCAAGAGCCAGUUACAGCUGCUUCUCUCUCCCAAACCGGGGCAUCCAUCGGCAGCGCCCUCGCGGCCAUCAUGCUCCUCCUUCUGGUGUUUUUGGUGGCUUGUUUCAUCACCAGGAAAUGCCAGAAACAGAGGAAGAAGCCGCCCGCAGCGGACCUCGGGGAGGAGUACCCUCUGAACACCAAGGUGGAGGUGCCCAAGAGGGGCGCGGACAGGGUGGAGAAAAACGUGGACCGGCAGUACCGCACCGCGCGCAACGCCAACGUGCUCGGCCAGCCUGCGGGGCCCUACGCCUUCAAAGGCGCUACAGUGAAGAAACUGAAUCUGGAAGUCCGCGUUCACAACAAUUUACAGGAUGGAACCGAAGUUUAAUGGAGGAGGCCCAUGUGUUUUUUGUUUUUUUUUUUCUAAAAUCAUUUUUCUAAAGCGGGGCAAAAUACUGGUAUUUUUAUAAUCUUACCGGUUACAAAAGGGAAAACUGUAGCUCUGAGGGCACCCAUCACAUGCAUCAACUCACAACUGAGCCACCUCAUUAAACAAAGAACCACUGGGACACCCCCCCACACCACCCCCCCCCCAAGGCCGGGAAGCAGUUCUUGGUCUCAGCAAAGACACAUUGCUCGUUGCGCCCUUCGAAAGCCUGCGUCAGGCGUUAGGUCAGCAGGCUGAGCUCAGAGGCUGGGGAGGUGGUCUGGGGGUGGGGGGCGCGGGGUGGGGGCGGGAUGCAGGGCCUCUGGUUUUCUCCCCCACCUCCAGCUUUCUUCGGCUCCGGCUUUUCCUGGGCCUCCUCCGGACAGCAGAAUUCAGAUUGCUGAUGCCCAGAUACCACGCGGAAUUGUGCUGAUCAGCACAACCUCUGUGUCUGCUCGUUGUGCCCUCUUGACAGCCUGGCUCCCUGGCCUCUGAUUGUCCUUUGCAUCACCAGCCCUCUUCGCCUGGAGGUUCAGAGUGUUCUCCCCAGCUCCAAGGAGAAACCUCAGCCUCUCCCAUCAGGCAUCAGGCACGGUGGAACACCCCGCCACACCUAAUGGAGGGGACACUGAAACCCAGGGACACGAGGGACCUGGCAAGCACCUCAGAGCACAUCAGUGAGGCACUGCACCCUAGGCCCGGGUGGGGGUGAGGGUGGGGGGGCUGUCCUGGCUCCCCGCUGGUUUAGGCUGCAUCAUCCAGGACACCCCCAGAAGUCCUUCCUGGGGCAGCAUGCACCGUGGCCUUUCCACUCAGCAUUGCCUGAUGCUUUAGAUGCCCACUGAGGUUCCUGCUACCCCAAGCUUGGCCCAGUCCAAUACCAGACAAGCCCUGAGCUUUGCUAGCUGUGGGGGCCUUAUUUUGGUAAGGUAUCAGAAAAGUCCGUGAUACAUUUGAAUAAAGCAAAUUAGGAGAAAGCUCAGGCCAGAGUGAAAAAAAGUAAUAGCUGCUGACUAGUACUCACAGCAGAUAAAGUACUAGUCUAAGAGAUAAAGGCACCAUUUCUGCUACAGGAUUUCAGGGAUUUCUCUUUUGGGGGUUCUUUUCUGGGUAGCUCAGGCAUUUAUUUGAUCAUAUCGGCACAUGACGAGGCCAGGAGCACAUGGCUUUAAAAUGACCUGGUGUUCAAAUAGCAGCUUAAUGAUGUGUAUAGUGUGCACACCGCUUGCUUUUGUGUUUAUGUUUUCUGCUGUAUUGCAUGUCACAUGGUUUUAAACUGGAAGCACAAUUCCAUUGUUUGGGAGUAAAAAAACACAUUCUCUUCCUGAUGCACGGCCCACCCUAGUUGCUGAACAAAUCACAGAGCAUUCACACUGUGUGAUAUUUGUGUUAUCAUGACCCAAGCUCUUCGAGAACAUUCCGCACUGGAAAUAUUUUGGUACCAAAAGUACCGUGAAAGUUGUAGGCAUCUCUGCCAGACUCCCAGGUCCUUGAGAGAAGGGCGGGUGUGAGCCGUGCCUUGGUUUUUCAGCAGUGCCUUGCACAAGACAAGCGCACCAGAGGAUUUGUUAAGUAAAUAAAUGAAGGGUGUCCCGGGUGAGUGAGAGAGGAAUACAUUUAGGGAGGUGAGGGGAGAGAGAGUGGCAAGCAGAGAAAGAAAAAAAAAAAAACCUGUCUCUUCUCUUUGGAUUAUGAAAUAAUCUCAUUGGAACAAAGAAGCAGCCUUUGACUGAAGCAUGAAUCUGGCAGUAAUAAUACAUGAGCAGGAGGUGAGACUGUGAGUCAGUGUCCAGAGCAGGGCGUGUCGAGGAAAAUCUGACUUAGCAUCCUGGGGGGACCGGGCCCAGAACCUGAUAAUCCUGACUGGUCAGGUGCUACUUGAGACCAGCUUGGUUGUUUGGGGGGCAGAACCUCUGUACGGGCCCCAUGAACACCCGGAAUUGGUGUCUCAUGACUGGAGAGCUCAUCAGCUGAGCGUGGAAUCCUCUUGAGAAGGACCUAGAAGGUUAAUGCUAAUUCUGCAAGGACAGGAAGCCAAUCACUCGUGGAGCAAUGUUUGACUUGGCCUGUGGUUUAUAACGGCUCCAGGGUGCCUGAAUGCUUGCCCCCUGAAGCAGCAACUUCCCACUUGUUACAGUAGUCUUCUUGCAUAGCCCUUCCAGCCCCACUAAGCAGGACUCAUGGCUGGGGUGCCUGCAGACAGCUGACGGAAGGGACCCACUGGGGGAAGGCAUGAAGACUGAUCUCCGAGCGCUCCUCUCAGCCUCCAUGGAAUGUUCUGGAGUGACAGGGGCAGCAUCUGUGAGGACCCUGAGAGAGUGAGUUGUCUGUGUGAAAGGAGAGUCCUUGGGAUAGUCCCGCCUCCCUUCCCGCCUGCCCCCCAACUCACCUCGUACCCUCUAUCAAAUGCUGACACUCCUCUAGUGGACACACACUUGUGAAACAGAAAGUGUUCAGAAAUGGAGAGCUGAGAUUUACCCCUCUGAUAAUAGAAUCUUUCAUUUCAUUUGUGUUUUAUACGUCACAGGAGGAAGCAGAUAAUUUGGUGACUGAUGUGGGCUUCUAUUGCAGUCAAAGCUUCCCUUUCGAGUUCUCUAACUCGCUCACUAAUGCCUUGUGUGUGUGUGUGUGUGCGUGUGUUACUAACCUUUUAUCCUAUGCCUUUAGGUGAGAAGGAACAACAGACCCUUGGGGAUGGCUGUUUGCUGGCUGUGAAGGUCAAAAGAAAGAAGAGUCUGCACCUUUGCCCUUGGUUGUGCCCCAGGCCUCCUGGUGGUCACGGGUAGGUGCAGAAAGACUGAUGGGGUCUGUUUGCACAGUCUUAGGAUAUUCAGUCUCAGUGUCCUAUCAGUAUUCAUUGUUCUUGGAUACUGCACAACUGCUCAGACUGAAUAAAACAUCCGUGGUGCUGUCAACCUGAUUUCUUGACUCUCAAAUGAUUUUUGUAUUUCCAGUACCAAUUUGUGUGUUACGAAUUUCUGAUUUCUCCAACAGCAUAUGCCACUAUAUAAAUUUGUAUUAAUAAAUGA